AUGAAACAUCCGCAUGAAAUGAAAGGUCCGACUGGUGUAUUGAGUGUAGGCAUCUCUUUGGUCACUAUUAUCUACGCUGCUUGUGGUUUCUACGGAUACAUCACCUACGGUGAUAAUGUUGCUGCUAGCAUCACACUUAAUCUUUCCAACUCUCCGGUGGAUUUCUCCGUGAAAGUUAUGCUAAUGCUUGUUGUCUUCGUUAGCUAUUUGCUGCAGGAAUUUCCCGUUGUGGAGAUGUUAUUCCCAUACAUUAAACGACCACUUCGAGCUCGUAGUGUUAAGAGGGCUUAUAUAAUUGGAAUUGAAUACGCUUUCCGUUUCAUCUUCGUACUAAUCACUCGUGAGUUGCUUUUAUAUCUAAGAAAUCAAAAAUGA